UGUGAUUUUUAUGUUCAGUGUGAAUGAGAUUUACAAUAAUUUUACAAUGAAUAAAUAGCAACUUAGAAUAAAGUCUUUUGUGCUAUGUGACAUUAAUAUGUGAAACUGAUGAGUGUUGAAUUCGAUGUUCUUUUUUCGGUACAUCAUCAAACAUGUUAAGAUUUCUGAGUCGAAAAGGUCGAUCGUCUAGCCAGACGCGCAAGAAACAAAGUCAAAAAUCAUCAACCAAUAAAAAUUUGAUUCAAUGCAAGGUAAUGUUACUUGACGAUACCGAUUUAACUAUAAAUCUUACUAAAAAAGCUAGUGCCGCCGAUUUGUAUGAACAAGUGUUUUACUCACUGGAUUUAAUAGAAAAAGAUUAUUUUGGAUUACAAUUCACAGAUACUAAUAAUGUGCAACACUGGCUAGAUCCAACAAAAACCAUUAAAAAGCAAGUGAAAAUCGGACCGCCCUACACAUUGAGGUUAAAAGUUAAAUUUUAUUCAUCUGAACCUAACAAUCUUAGAGAAGAACUGACAAGAUAUCAGUUUUUCUUACAAUUAAAAAAAGAUAUUUUAGAGAGCAAGUUAGAAUGCCCACAUACAACAGCUGUAGAAUUGGCUGCACUGGCACUACAAUCAGAGUUGGGUGAUUAUGAUGAAACCAUUCACACACCAGCCACAGUGUCAGAAUUCCGUUUUGUGCCUAACCAAACUGAAGAGAUGGAAAUUGAAAUAUUAGAAGAGUAUAAGAAAUAUAAAGGUCUUACACCUGCACAAGCAGAAGUAAACUAUCUUAAUAAAGUUAAAUGGCUGGAAAUGUAUGGGGUGGACAUGCACAUAGUUCUGGGAAAAGAUGGCUGCGAGUAUCAUUUAGGGUUAACACCGACAGGAAUACUUGUUUUUGAAGGUCCCCAAAAAAUCGGAUUAUUCUUUUGGCCGAAAAUUACAAAAUUAAAUUUCAAAAAGAAAAAGUUAACCUUAGUAGUAGUAGAAGAUGAUGACCAAGGGCGUGAACAAGAACACACAUUCGUGUUUCGUCUACACAACGAAAAAGCUUGCAAACAUCUUUGGAAGUGUGCUGUUCAAUACCACACAUUCUUUCGCUUACGUGCUCCAGUUAAAGGCCCAUCGGCUAGGCAAAACUUCUUUAGGAUGGGAUCAAGGUUUCAAUAUUCAGGAAAAACCGAAUACCAAACAACUCAACAAAAUCGUGCGCGUCGAACAGUUCAAUUUGAAAGACGACCGAGCCAACGUUUUGCUCGUAGACAAAGUCAUGUUUUGCGAGAAAGAGAAAAACAAAUUGUAACCGCUAAACCUGAAAGUACUCCACAAGUUGAAACUUCUGAAAUAGCCCCGAGUACUUCUGUUGAGGAAACUUCAACACUAAGCACGAAUGAGAACCCUGUUAUUACAACAACUGAAACUGCUCUUGAGCCUUUAACUAGAAAAGAUAGUGCCAAAUCUCAAAAGUCUACAGACGAAAAAGAAGAAAACACAGAUGAAAAAAACCCUGAGGUUGAACCUUGGUUAUAUACAUUGGUCUUUAGACACUGCCGAAGUUUAGAUUUAAAAACUUCUGCGAGUUUUCAGAAAACGGCCAACCCGAUUUGGAUACGUCCGGCGAUCUCUUUUACUUUUGAGUCUGUUGCGAAUGACAAACAAUCCAAG